CUUCGUUCAACGGUAAGUGCUUGGGUAUUUCUCACUCAUGCAUAUACACGACUCUCACUUUCUCUCUCUAGAAACACUACUACAAAUGAACCAUGCUUUCGGGUUUCCUAUUUUCAGUACCCAUUUCGAGUUGUAACUUGUAUUUCCCAACACCAAAAUAAACCCUCAUCUCUCCAUUUUUUCGCAAGCACCACACUGAACCAGCAUAAACCUAACCGCACAUCUCUCUUCUUGUCUGUAAUAGUGAAUCGAUCGAGGGAAGGGGGUUGAUAGUGUUUUUCCUGGGAUAGAGUAAAAUAAUCUGGAUCUUGUCCCUUCCUACAAAUACUCUUUCAUUUAGUAGCAGGCAAGGUAAAAAUGUGACUUGAAGAUUUAAAUAGAUGAGAGAAUUGAGUUAUAACUAGGCUAUUUCCAAUUGAAGUAAGUUUGGGGUUCGGGUUUGGAAAUUCAAAGAAUUUUCUGUUGUUCGGAGGAUUGGAAUAAUUUGUACGAUCCAAAUCUUCACUCGAAAAUUUUAUUUAUGUGUGGCUUUGGCUUUGCCGUUUUGAUGAGAGGUGCUGGUUUUGGGCCUUCUUUCUUAAUGGAACCAAUUUCAAAUUGAUAAGAUGAAUCGGAAUUUGCUAUUUUCUCUCUUGGUUGGUAAUUUGGGUUUUUGGCACCUCUGAAAUUGAUUGCUGAUGGUGAAUUUUAUUCAAGGUUUUUGAAUCUGAUCCGCUUUGGAGGGACAGAUUGACAGUUUGAGUGAGGAUUUUGAUCAGCGAAUAUCUGAAAUUGGGGAAUUCAUCUGCAAAUUCUGAUUUUCAGUCGCCCUUUCUCAAAAGAAGUCCACUUUGCAGAUUGGGAAAAGGAAAAAAGUCAAUUUUGUUGAUUUUGAAAUUUAUAGGAGUUCUAUUUGAUCCUAAGAAGCUCAGGAAACAUCUUUAACUGUAAGUAUUGUGAUUCAGUUCAAAAGGGUAUGGAAGAGGACUGUUCAAAUAAAUACAUUUAAUAAUCAGAAUGUUCGAAUUUCUGAUGAAAUGAAUAUAGUCUUUUGCAUUUCUUUUACGAGUCAAGGAACGAUAUCAGACUUAUAGCUUUUGGUGCAAAACUGGAGGGCUGAUUAUUAAUUGUCAUUUACUUGGAUGCUGGAGACCAUCCAUUAGCAAACUGUUCCACUUUCUCAAGAACAUUGGAUUUACACUCUCCUAUAUCAGAAUUUUUGGUCAAGCUUACUCAUUUUCUGCCUGCAUUCAGUUGAUUUGGGCUUCGAAUUUGUUUUUGUGUUUGUGGUUAAGGGUGCAGCAAGAUAGUCGAGGUCGGGGACAAACAGUUGGGUUUUGAUCUUCCUUGGUGUAAAACUUGAAUUGGCCAUAGCAUGAUUUUGGGUUUGUGGACCAGUAGAAGGAGGAGCUAGAUGGAUGAUUAAAUUUUGAAAUCAAUGUGGGGUCAUGGUGCAUGGACUGAUAUAUAAACGCUGGUCUGUUCCAAUACUGGAACACUUCUAUCUGGGGGAAUUGAUCUUAGAAUAUUCUUCUUUUGAUUGUAAUAACUUUUUUUUUACGAGGGAAAGUGUGCAAUGUCUCGCUGCUUCCCUUUUCCGCCACCUGGAUAUGAAAGAAAGCAUAGAUCUGAAGGCUUGGACCUCCUGAAAGAGGCGAAAUGCAAGGAGAAAAAGCACAAAAAGGAAAAAAAGGACAAGGAAAGGAAAAAAGAGAAAGAAAAGGAGAGAGAAGGAAGUUCGGCGAAACACAAGGACAAGAAAGACCGGAAAAAUAAAUCCAAAGAGAAAAAAGAAAAGCACAGGGAGAAGAAGGAUAAGGGUAAAGACAAGGACAAAAGCAGCAUCUCGGAAGAGUCCACAGUUGCUAGGAAUGAGGGAAAUACUGCAGAGAAGUUUUAUCCCGUGGAGUACAGCAAAGAGAGCAGAAAUUUUGGGAAUGAAGGUAAAUGCCCUGCCCAAUUGCAGGAUCAAAAUGGUGGGAAGCCUUCUCAAAACAGCUUACCUUCCCUGGGAAAUGAGGAGUCAAAAUUUGUUCAGGAACUGGAUAGGAGGGUAAGAGAUGAGAAGAGUAGAGGGAGCCAGUUGCCUGAAAAACUUUCUUUCACAGACAAAAAGGAUUGGCCAAUGCUGGAUGCCAACAAAAAUAAGAGAGAUCCCGGAAACUUUAAAAACGAGGUCAGUGGAAAUAUGAUGGUCCAGAAGGUUAUGCCAAUUGCAAAGAGUAAAGGAGAAGGGAUCCCCAGACCAAUGAAUGCAGAAAAUGGCUGGAGGUUGGAAGAUAAAGAGAAAUAUAAGGAAACAGCUGGCAGAAAGCCGGGGGACAACCCAAACGAUACGGGUAAGGAAAUCCAUGAGAAGGAUCAAGACAAUGAAAUGAAAAAGUAUGACGAGGCAAAAAUUAAAAAUGAGAAUAAGAAAGGGUCCAGGCAGGGCAAGUUGGAAGAUGAGGGCCGGGAUAAUCUCGGUGGAUGUGAUGGUCGUAAAAGCACCAGCGUAUUGAAUGGUUACAACAGUAACACUGUAGACGAAGAAAAUAUAAAGAAAAGAAAAGAUAUGGGUACAAAUGGUUUUCUCCAUGAGAGAGAAAUCAGGCCUAUUAAAAUGCAAAGGUCUUCUUCUCAUCAGUCGACAGAAAACGGAAGGCAACUCGAACCUCCCCGAACACUCGUUAGAUCCUCUAAUGAUAAGCAAGCUGUUCCUAGCAAUGUUGAAGUAGACAAUAACGAGCGGCUGACGAAUGGCACAUUUGAAGCUCAGAAACCAUCUUCAUCCAUACCAAAUACUCAUGCUGCGACUGUGCAAAUUGUCGAGUUCUCAAAGUUGCCUCAAUUUGAUUCCAAUUCUGCAGUGGUAACAGCUGAAGCAUCAAGGUCUCCACAUCCUGAUUCAAAAUAUCUUGCAGAGGUACUAACAGUACCCAAGAAUAUGUCAGACUUGUCCGAGAAUGAUGAUCAGCUUUGGUUGUUUGGUGACAGAGUUCCGAGAAAGCCCAAAUUGGAUUCAUUUGAAUUUGAUGAUAACGUGCAUGUGUGGUCAGAAGCUGUACAUAUUGAGUCAGCAGACAUUUGUGCUCUGCCUUAUGUCGUUCCUUACUGAUUGUUUGCUGGUCAUAAUUAGUUAGCUUUGAGAUGAGAAGUUGGCGUUGCUGAUUGACUACUCACACAACCACCUGGGCUGGCCGAUUGGUUUGUGACACCUGUCCAUGAAUCUUGUGCAUUGUGGUCAUGCUAUUUCUUUUCACUGUUGGCACAAACUGAUCAAUUAUGUUCUGGAUGGUGGUUGGCUUUGAGAGGGACUCGGACGACGGUAUACAUACUAAUCUGAGCCAUUCAUUGUUUGGAUGAAAUCAAAGUGGCGGAUUGCAUUGGGAAGAUGCAUGAAAAUUAUAAAAAAAUGAUCCAUCUUGGGAAAGCUAAUGUCUUCAUUCCUACUUCAUUGGGAAGGGUUUCAAAGUGUAGGUGUAGUUUUAUCACGUCGCUAAGUUUUGAUUAUGUAACAUAGAAUGACUCUUGUUUACAUCGGCUAUGUGAGGAGGGGUGAAUGAAAGUGGUAAUAGCUCCAUUUGUUUCAUUAACUGAGGUCUAAUUGUUAAUUAUAAUCCCGUUCACCUUUUAUUAACAAUUAUAUACAAUACCUAUCUAUAAGAAUGAUUUUGUAAAAAUUGAACGGAUCGAACAAUUCUUACAUUUGAUAUAAUUGUAAAGGCA